CAUCUCAGUUUAUUUUUUUUUUUGAAAAUCCGUAGAAAUUGUGAAAUUAAAAUCAUUAAAAAGAAUUUAUCUCAUUAUGAAAGCUAGUUUGGGAAUAAAUGGAUUAAAAACAUUUACCAAAGUGAUUAAGUUUUUAUCUCGGAUUGGCAAUGAACUUUAUUUUGAAGCUGUUGAAGAAGCGCUAAUUCUAAGAGUCAUUAACUCAUCGAAAACUUGCUUUUGUUCUGUUACAUUUCAUGAAGAGUUUUUUGUGUCUUACGAACAGACUGGAACUGAAUUUGAUGAAAACAGUUGCAGAAUAUCAGCUCGUCCACUACUUCACAUCCUUAAAAACAUCAAAAAUGUUAUCAAUUGUCGUUUACAUUUGGAUUCAAUCAAAGAACGUUUAAUCGUCAAUAUUUACAAACAAAAAGAUAUUCAGAAACACCACGGUAUUACCAUUCUGGAGCAUGAAGUUCUUGAAGACCAUAUGAUACCAGAAUCACCUUAUAAUUUAAUUGUUUGUCAACCGUUAAUCUUGGGUAAUCUUAUCAAUCACAUCCCAAAAAGUCUUAGAGAGCUUUCAAUCGCUGUGAACGAGGAAAGAUUAGAAGUCACAAACCAUAUUGAUCAUCCUGAUAAAGAUGUGGAAACAGUUCGUCUCAAAUAUCCUCUUGACCCUCAAGAAUUUACUUCCUAUGAUGUCUCAGAGACCACUCGACUUAUAUUUUCUUCACAAGAUUUUUUGUCUAUGGUUGAAUUUUCCGAAUCCUCUAACCAAGAGUUGAAACUUAUUUUCACCAAAGGAGGAAAACCACUUAUAGCGGCGUUUGAAAAUGAAUUAUCAUAUAAAGUUCAAAUGGUGUUAGCUACAAUUCGAGAAGAAUCUAUAAAAUCCUUAAGAAAGCCUGCAGGUGCAACAAGUUACAAAGAACUGAUGGGGAGCUAUAUGGAAACGCGUCGAAGUUUUCAUGGAAUCGAAGAUAAUCAUGAAAAAACAAGAGCGAAUGCUACUGUCACAAAUAGCUGUCUCAGUCCGUUCAUUGAAUCUUAUGGCAGUAAUGCUAAAUCAAAGGAAGGAAAAAUAUCAACUUGUGAACAUCUUAGGAAUAAUUUUAAACGUAAAAAUGAAUGUAGUGAAGAUCUUUUUAAGAAUCAAGAAAAUAACGCAGACGUUGCUAACGUAAAGAAGCAAAAAACUGUAUUGUCACAGAAAGAGCAAGAAGAAAUUUCACAAAUUGAAGCUAUUGUUGAAAAUAUGGAUGAUGACGAUGAAAAAGUUUUGGAGGAAGCUAUGAAAAGUCAAAGGUUGUGCCAAUCUUCUGAUUUCAAUUUUCUUGCUGGUUUAGAAGAUAUGAAUGUUAAAGUGCAUCUUCAAGAGAGUCCAAGUUUCUCACGAAAAAAUUCUCAAGCGUGUGAGAGACUUGAUAUCAGUAAAGCACAUUUCCCAUCGGAACUCUUAAUGGAUGAUGAGGAAGAAAUCAUAAAUAAUCAGUUAAAACCAUCAACAAGUCGAAUUCAACUGGGACAACUCAUGAAACAGAAUAUCAACAAUUAUUUUAAAAAGAACGGAAAUCUUAUUUUACGUAUUUUAAACAUUGUAGAAUACGAGUCAUCUCCAUCAAAAAAGACAAAAAUUAAGAAAAAUAUAAAGAAACCAAAGCAAUUAUCAUUAGAUGAAGAUGAAAUCGAUCUUGAUAUUGAAGAUUCAUUCAGUUCACCAAAUACAUCAGGUAAAUCAAGUAAGAAUCAGAAGGGAAAAAAGAAGCCAGUUCAACAAGAUGAUACAUCUUCGGAUGAAGAAAGAUGGUUGGAAGCGAUUGAAACCGGCAAACUCGAAGAAGUUGACGAUGAAUUGAAAAAGAUUAAACCAAAAGAUCCAAAACUGAUGACAGCACGACAAAGAGCCAUGUAUGAAAAGAAUGUAAGUGACAACAAGGACUUGAGUCCGAGUAAAGUUCGAAAAUCUAUGCCAAGUACGACUAUUGUCGAUGGGGUUCAAGCAAAUGUGUCAAGCAGUGGUCAACUGCUACUUGCACUCCCUAAUUUUAAGUACAAAGAAAAGGAAAAACUACCAUUGACUGCUGAAGAUAUAGAAAAAUCAAAGGAAAAGGCCCAAAAAAGAAAAGCGCUUGCAGAUGAAAAACGUGAAAAAGAUAAAAAGAAGACGAUGGAAAGGUUGCUUAAGAAACAAGAUUCGAAAAUGGUGAAGUCAACAAAAAUGCGACCGGUCAAACAACAAUUACCAGUAAUCUCAUAUAAAAACACUUUUGACAAAAUUACUUUAACUUUUCCACCCAACAUUGAAUGUCCAAUCAAAGCGAAAACUUCAAUUGAUCCACCAAAACCGAAAUUAUGUGGAAUUGAAGGUUGCAAGAACUUAAAGAGAUACAACUGUAGUAGAACAAACAUCCCAUUAUGCUCAUUUGAAUGUUACAAAAAGAACGUAGAAUCUGUAAAACAUAUGAUUCUUUAA